AUGAGAGCCGUCAAAACAACAGCCUUAGAACUCCGAAGCCUCCUAAGUUUAUUGGUGAUAUUAGUGGAGGGGUGGCAUGAUUUAGAUAACAAAGACUAUGACUGUUGGCCCCUGGAAAAACCAGAUGAGUAUAACAUGUUGGACUGUGGAGGACUGGAGAUGACAUGGGUGCAAAGGCCUCCAGAAAAGGCUGUGAGCGGGGAAUCCUUCAAUGUAACCUAUGCAGUCUCUGCUUCAGACAGCUUUUAUCAAUAUGCAGUGCAAAAUGGCAUCCUUUUCCACAGAAAUGCUACUGCUGCAAAGGAAUUCUGUGAGGAGCAUGAAUGCCCUGCCAGAUGGACAGAUGCAAAUGGGGAGAACUGCUGUGUCCACCACGCCAAUAUUCAUUCCUGUCCUUUGGCCUUCAUGGGUAAAGGACGAAUAUGUGGUCCAUGGAUCCCAGAUGAUGGUCAGAUAUUCACUCACACUUUGUCAACUGCUGGCAAAAUGAGCCAAAGAAACUGGACUGCUAAGGUUGUUUUAGUUCAUAUGGGUGUGACUUCUCUCAUCGCACACAUCAGAGUUGGGAGAAUGCAAGUUGCUCUGGAAGCAAAGACCACAGUCCUCCCUGCAGUAGUCUGUGGAGAUGGCUUUUGUGAGGAAGAAGAAGGCUGCUCUAUCUGUCCUGCAGACUGUGGGGAAUGCCCACUUUCUGCUGAUACUAGGAUAGCAAUUGCCUUACCAAUAUGUUUGGUCUGCACUGGCUUCAUUUUGACAGUCAUGUGGUUUCAAUAUCAGAAACAAAAGAUGCUUUGGGAUGAAAGCUGGAUUAUAGACUUUGCCUGCAUCAAAAAAGAUUGCAUCAUUUGGACAGCAACAGGAAGCAUGAUGACUGCUCCCCCAGCACCCAGUGACUCCAAUGUCAGCUGUAUCACUGCUCUGAGCUCCUGCACGGCAGCUGCCAACACAUCCAGGAAACAAAACUUCACCCAAACUGGGACAUAUGAUGGCAGAACAGUGGCCAUAAAGAAAAUAAUGAAGAAGGCAUUCGUGCUGUCUAAAUCCAUACGUAAAGAAGUAAAGCAAGUGAGGGAACUUGACCAUCCUAAUCUCUGCAAAUUCAUUGGAGGUUGUAUAGAAGUUCCAAAUGUUGCCAUUGUCACAGAGUACUGCCCCAAAGGCAGCCUGAGUGAUGUUCUGCUCAAUGAAGACAUUCCUUUGAACUGGGGCUUCAGGUUUUCUUUUGCUACUGAUAUUGCACAAGGAAUGGCCUAUCUUCACCACCACAAAAUGUAUCAUGGACGGUUGAAGUCUAAUAACUGUGUGAUAGAUGACCGGUGGGUUUGUAAAAUUGCAGAUUAUGGUUUGCAGUCAUACAGAAAAGAAGAUUCUCCUAAGGAAUCAAGCUCAUACCAGCAGCUUUGGGCACAGAUUUAUACAGCUCCUGAAAUACAUUCCCUUUCAGACUUUGAACCCAAUUCUAUGACAGAUGUCUACAGUUAUGCCAUCAUUUUACUAGAUAUUGCCACAAGAUGUGACCCUAUGCCAGUAACUGAAUAUUCCUGGUGUCCACCUUUGGCAGAAUUAAUUUCAGGAAAGGCUGAGAAUUCUUGCCCAUGUCCCACAGAUUACAUAGAAGUGAGUAAGAUACAAAGGUGCAGAAAAAAUAAUCCAUCCCAAAGGCCUACAUUUGAACAAGUCAAGAAAAUGUUGUACAAGAUGAAUCCUAAUAAAGUUAGCCCUGUUGACAUGAUGAUGACUCUGAUGGAGAAAUAUAAUAAACAUCUGGAAAUACUGGUUUCUGAGAGAACCCAGGAUUUAAUGCAUGAAAAACAGAAGACUGAUCGUCUGUUGUAUAGUAUGUUACCGAAACAAGUAGCAGACGAUCUCAGGCAGGGAAAACCUGCACAAGCUCAAAGUUACUUAAGUGCCACCAUCUUUUUCAGUGACAUUGUUGGCUUCACUCAACUGUCUAGCAGCAGCACACCGUACCAAGUGGUAGAUCUCUUGAACAAGCUUUAUACCACUUUUGAUGAAAUCAUAGAUAACUAUGAUGUCUAUAAGGUGGAGACAAUAGGAGAUGCCUAUAUGGUGGUGUCAGGGGUACCCAGAGAGAAUGGGAUCCUUCAUGCCGGUGAGAUUGCAAGCAUGGCUUUAGACCUUCUGGAUGUCUGCAAGACUUUUAAGAUCCCACACAAGCCCAACACCCUCCUUAAGAUAAGAGCAGGAAUCCAUUCAGGGACGGUUGUAGCUGGAGUUGUUGGAACCAAAAUGCCACGGUAUUGUUUAUUUGGAGAUACUGUGAACACAGCUUCCAGGAUGGAAUCUACAAGUGAAGCUCUUAAAAUACAGUGUAGUUCAAGUGCAUACCAGCUGUUGGAGCAGAUUGGAGAGUAUGUGUUAGUAUGUCGUGGGAAUUUACAAGUCAAGGGGAAAGGAGACAUGGUCACAUACUGGCUUGAAGGUAAGAAAGCCUCAGCCACCCAGAAGGCAGUCGCCAGCACUUCUAUGACACCUCAAGAUGCCAACAGAGCUUCAUAUAGUUUGAUACCAGGUGUCCUUCCCAGUGUUCCUCUCUGA